ACGUAGCUGCGUCAUCCUCCACUAGUCCUCCUUCUCUCUGUGCGUGCACGGCUUCAGCCUUCAACUCACAGAAAUCAUGGCUUCCUUAUCAAUGGCCCCGGUGAACAUCUUCAGACAUGGAGCUGAUGAGGAGAAAGCUGAGACCGCCCGCCUUUCCUCCUUCAUUGGUGCUAUUGCCAUAGGGGAUUUGGUGAAGAGCACCCUGGGACCAAAGGGAAUGGACAAGAUUCUCCUGGGCGGAGGUAGGGAGGGCUCAGUCACCGUCACCAACGAUGGUGCCACCAUCCUCAAGGCCAUCGGCGUGGACAACCCUGCUGCCAAAGUCCUGGUUGACAUGUCCAAGGUGCAGGAUGAUGAGGUUGGAGACGGCACCACCUCCGUCACAGUCCUGGCCGCUGAGCUGCUCAGGGAAGCAGAGCUGCUCAUCGCCAAGAAGAUCCACCCCCACAUAAUCGUGUCUGGCUGGAGGAAGGCCACGCAGGUGGCCCGCGAGGCCCUGAAGGAGGCAGCAGUGGACCACGGUAACGACCAGGAGAAGUUCGAGUUGGACCUUCUGAACAUCGCCCGGACCACGCUGUCCUCCAAGCUGCUGACGCACCACAAGGACCACUUCUCCAAGCUGGCUGUGGAGGCCGUGCUCAGGCUGAGGGGCUCAGGGAACCUGGAGGCCAUCCACGUCAUCAAGAAGCUGGGGGGCAGCCUCACCGACUCCUACCUGGAUGAAGGUUUCCUGCUGGAUAAGAAGAUUGGAGUGAACCAGCCCAAGAGGCUUGAGAACGUCAACAUUCUUAUCUCCAACACCGGCAUGGACACAGACAAGAUCAAGAUCUUUGGCUCCAGAGUGCGUGUGGACUCCACAGCCAAGGUGGCCGAGAUCGAGAUGGCGGAGAAGGAGAAGAUGAAGGAGAAGGUUGAAAGGAUCCUCAAGCACGGCAUCAACUGCUUCAUCAACAGGCAGCUGAUCUAUAACUACCCAGAGCAGCUGUUUGCUGCCGCAGGCGUCAUGGCCAUCGAACACGCAGACUUCGCCGGUGUGGAGCGCCUUGCGCUGGUCACAGGUGGAGAGAUCACGUCCACGUUCGACCACCCCGAGCUGGUGAAGCUGGGCCACUGCAAGCUGAUCGAGGAGGUGAUGAUCGGGGAGGACACCCUCAUCCACUUCUCGGGCGUGUCCCUGGGCGAGGCGUGCACCAUCGUGCUGCGGGGCGCCACCCAGCAGAUCCUGGACGAGGCGGAGCGCUCGCUGCACGACGCCCUGUGCGUCCUGGCCCAGACCGUCAAGGAGACCCGCACCGUGUUCGGAGGAGGCUGCUCAGAGAUGCUGAUGGCCCGCGUGGUAUCCGACCUGGCCAACAGGACCCCAGGAAAAGAGGCUGUUGCCAUGGAGUCCUUCGCCAAAGCUCUCCGCAUGCUGCCCACCAUCAUCGCUGACAACGCCGGUUAUGACAGCGCUGAUCUGGUGGCCCAGCUCAGGGCCGCCCACCAGGAGAACAAGAUCACCUUUGGACUCGACAUGAACCAGGGCACCAUCGGAGACAUGGCUGUGCUGGGCAUCACCGAGAGCUUCCAGGUGAAGAGGCAGGUGCUGCUCAGUGCGGCCGAGGCAGCAGAGAUGAUCCUCAGAGUGGACAACAUCAUCAAGGCUGCGCCCAGGAAGAGAGUUCCAGACCACCACCCCUGUUAGUGUUACAAGCCUGAGGAAGAGGAGGGUGAAGAGGGGGGUGUAACAGUCAUGGCGGAUGUUUAGAGGAGAGGGAUGAUCUGUGUAUUUAUAACCUCCUGGUCUUGAGUGAUAGAAGUCCUGGUUAGUUUAAACUCUGUUGAUAUCCAUGUUAAAGAUGCACCUGUAGAAGCACUGUUCCAGCUAGCCAUGCUAACGCUAACUCCCGGUUAUCCAUUCUAAUGCUAACUCCUGGCUAGCAUUGCUAGCGCUGGCACCUGGCUAUCUGUAUAACUCACCCAACGGCUGUAUGGAAGUUGUUUGUUUACUGAAAUAAAAUUGAAAAUGGA